AUGGCGGAGGUCAAAUUGCCAACAUUUGAGACGUCGUACGUGGCUCGGGACUUCGGACUCGACAUAACUGUUCCCGACGGCGGCCUAGUGUCGUCUGCCGCCAGUCAGAGACAGUAUAAGACUGAAUGUGGAAGGAUUUACAAAGAAUUCAUUGUAACGAUGGGCGACUAUUUCCAAGAGGAGGAUUCCAUUAAACAGCAGCUGAAACAGUUACAGAGUCAGAAAAAUACUGGAAGUCAUAUUGGACGAGAUGUUGAUCAAGAGAGCCUCAUGGGUGACACAAUAAGUGCCAUCUUUUCUCGCUUGGGGUCAAGAAAAGGAGGCUUCGUGACAAGUUACAGACCCCAGACUGCUGGAAUGUGCGCCAAAAGACAACCAGUCAUUGUACCUCACCCUCCCAACAGGCCGUCCACUGUAGCAGACUACUCCAAAGAGGUCAACAUGAAGAGACGGUUAUCCUACCCACGCCGACGUUCCUCCGUCCACCACUCUGUGGCGUCGGACCCUUUCGAUGGUGUCAUGGAUCAGAAAACUCAGCACACACGAGAGCGUAAGCUCCGAAUGCAUGCGAUAGCAUUCUCCAAACUUCUUGCUGGAGAGGUUAACAUCAAGCUGCAAAAUAAAGACGGCAAGUUUGUUCUGAAGCACGCUGCGAUGGCCAACUCAGGGGCUGCUUCUGCGACGAAGGGAGAUACCAGUCGACCUGCAGAUUACAAAGAGAAAAUAGCGCUCGUGAGACAGAAGACGUCCUUCAAGUCCCCGACACUCUCGUCCGAUCUGAAGAUUAAUAAUUUGGUUGCAAUUCAGAAGUCGCUGAUGGGUCUUCCUUCCAAACGAAUAACUGUAAGUGAAAUCAUGCGUAAAGCAGAAGACAGACGAGCGAGACUGUGCAAGGUGGAAGUGACAAGUGCGCAGGACCGGAACGGCGGCAUAUAUGGUGAGGCGGGAAAGUCUGCUGUGGAUGCUGAUCUAGCAGACGACAAGGACGUUGUACCUGGGCACGAUGGCGUCAAGCUCGUCAAGGUAGAGGCACGAAAAAGGCGGAAUUCAUCCGCAUGUACCAUGUCCCAGGAUGGUAAAGACAACAGGAGGUUUAAGGAGUCCUUUCUUAAUGCAUUAGCCACACCUCGUGAUGUCAUCAUGAACAGAACCCGAAAGAGUUAUGAUAGUACCCCGAGGGACAUGUACAUUGACACCAGUGCCAAAGACGAUGAUACCUGGGUAUCUGACCAAUCAGAGAGCGGGACCCCACGUGCCGUUACAGCACGUGACGCCGUGCAGCUGGUGAGGCGCUCCAAGGAAGAGGACAAGGAGCGAGAACGUCAACUGUUCAGAUGGAGGCAAAGAAUGACGUUUGCUGCCGUUAAAAGGAACGGUCUCGCGAGAGUCUUGUCAGGAACGGGAGCGUGCGUAACCCUAGGUUGAUUGACGUCAUAUAAAGAGUGUGAUGCGCCAGUGUUAAAGGGAUGGUUUCAUUCUGCUGUUGGCUUGCAAUGUUAGGAGUUCUCCGAGAAUUUUUAACAGGGUUUGACACACUGACAUAAUGACUACUCUUUUUGACCACAUGAUAUCAACAUGUGGUUUGAGACAAUCGGAUGCAUGGUGCUCAAAAGUGACCAAUUGUCGGGGGCUAUAAAUGCAGUUUGGACAGUCGGAAUCAUUGCCAGUUUUGUUGCACAGAGUUUAGUGUCUUUCUU